UGGAUAGAUAGAGUGAGGGAGACAAUGUAUUGAGGAGUAAGACGGGGAGUAUCGUUGACAUCAACCAGCAGUGUUUAAAGCUACCCGACCGGAGAUGGUCCCCCGACACACGAGCGCAGAGUAGCGGUCCCGUAGGGCUUCUGAGGAGGCGAGAGGAAAGCUUGCGUUCCCUGACGAAAAGUAAAACCUUUCUGAGGAGCUCAGCUGUCAAAUGGGAUUAUUAUUUCUGUCCGGGGUUCAAGGGAAACUGCCGGCUGAAAGUCCAUCCACAUGAAUUCAUCAGACCAAAAAGAAGACGGAUCACUCACUUUCCUUGUUAAGGUCCACUGGAUGGUCACACUGAGAAUUCCACAGAGCAGGCCGUGAUGCCUCAGCCAGGGCUGUAGGGAACACCCAGGGAGUGCCAAGCCCUGCUGAGGGAAGAUCCCCACCUCCACCACCUAUCGCAGGAGGUACCAUGGUUCCCCCCAGGCCAGGUGGAACCGUAUCCCAGUCCAGGGCGACUGUUCCUGGGUACGGACUCUGCUUGUACCUCCCUUGUCUGCUGCUGCCACUGCUGGUGCUCACAUUCCUGCCCAACCUGUCUGAGGCGGUGGCGGCACCCAAGUUCACCAAGAUCCCCAGGGACCAGAUCGGGGUAUCGGGUGGUGUUGCCUCGUUUGUGUGCCAGGCGUCAGGUGACCCCAAACCCAUGGUCAACUGGAAUAAGAAGGGCAAGAAGGUCAACUCCCAACGCAUAGAGACAAUAGAGUUUGAUGAUGGAGCGGGGGCCGUACUGAGGAUCCAGCCUCUCAGGGCCCCCCGAGAUGAGAAUGUCUAUGAGUGUGUGGCCCGCAACAGUGAGGGAGAUGUGGCCACCACUGCCAAGCUCGCCAUCAUACGAGAGGACCUGUUGCCAUUUGGUUUCCCCAGCAUCGACAUGGGUCCUCAGCUGAAGGUGGUAGAGAGGACCAGGACGGCCACCAUGCUGUGUGCUGCCAGUGGCAUCCCUGACCCAGAGAUCUCCUGGUUCAAAGACUUCCUCCCUAUAGAGCCCAGCUCCAGCCAGGGACGCAUUAAACAGCUGCGCUCAGGUGCCCUCCAGAUAGAGAACAGUGAGGAGUUAGACCAGGGAAAGUAUGAGUGUGUGGCCACUAACUCUCAGGGAGUGCGUUACUCUUCCCCGGCCAACCUGUAUGUACGAGGAUCAACAGACAAAUUGCGUCGCGUGCCCCCUCGUUUCUCCAUCCUGCCCUCCAACCAUGAGAUCAUGCCCAGCGGCAGCAUCAACAUCACCUGUGUGGCGGUGGGUUCACCCAUGCCCUAUGUCAAAUGGAUGCUGGGUAGUGAGGACCUGACACCUGAGGACGAGAUGCCGGUGGGGCGGAACGUUCUGGAGCUCAACGGAAUCAGGGAGUCGGCCAACUACACCUGUGUGGCCAUGAGCAGUCUGGGGGUUAUAGAGGCCACUGCACAGGUGUCAGUUAAGACUCUUCCCAAGCCUCCCGGUACCCCCAUCGUCACGGAGACGACUGCCACCAGCGUCACCAUCACCUGGGACUCCGGUAACCCCGACCCGGUGUCCUAUUACAUCAUCCAGUACCGGGCCAAGGCACCAGACAGCAAGUACGAGACGGUGGACAGUAUCACCACCACCAGGUACAGCAUUGGAGGGCUCUACCCCAACACGGAGUAUGAGAUCAGGGUGUCAGCCGUCAACAGCAUCGGCCAGGGGCCCUCGUCCACCCGGGUGGAGGCCAGGACAGGGGAGCAGGCCCCGGCUAGCCCCCCCAGGAACGUCCAGGCCAGGAUCAUCUCCAAGAACACUGUCAUGGUCCGCUGGGAGGAACCAGAGGAGCCCAAUGGACAGGUGAAAGGUUACCGGGUGUACUACACCAUGGACCCAUCUCAGCCCAUGAGUCUGUGGCAGAUCCAUAAUGUUCAGGACAGCACCAUCACCUCCAUCCAGAGCCUGGUACCUUCUGAAACAUACACUGUCAGAGUCCUGGCCUUUACAUCUGUGGGAGACGGACCCUUCUCUGACCCUGUCCAUGUCAAAGUGCUGCCCGGAGUUCCAGGGCAGCCAGGAAAGUUCAAGGUGGGCAAGGUGACGGAGACCAGUAUAGAGCUGACCUGGGAACCGUCCUACAUCAAGGAGGGCAUCGUCAACUACGAACUGCUCUACAAACCUGUCAAGUUCGGCAGCCUGGAGAAGUUGACGUUUGGGCCCAGGGCGUCGUACACAGUGGAGGGUCUGAGGGCUGACACAGAGUACUCCUUCUCCCUGGCUGCCAUUUCUAACAAAGGCAUCGGAGCCUUUACCAACGAGCUGGUCCAGAGGACAGCACAAGCCAAGCCCUCGGCUGCUCCCCUGGGCGUGUCCUGUGACAGCCCCAGCUCCACCUCCCUGAGGGUAAGUUGGACACCGCCGCCCACUGAGACCCAAAAUGGCACACUGACUGCUUAUGUGCUGAGCUACCAGCAAGUGGUGUCUGGGGCCGAGGUCAAAGGUCAGGGUCCAGAGGUGAAGGUGCCUCCCAUCCCCCCAGAGCAGGGGCAGGCAGUGUUGGAGGGGCUGGAAAAGUGGUCCUGGUAUCGCGUUAGCCUGGCAGCCUUCACUUCCAUGGGGUCCGGACCAGAGAGUCCAGCCCUGCUCUGCCGCACAGACCACGACGUGCCGGGUGCAGCCCCUCGGCAGGUGGCGGUCCGGCCCUUCAACUCCACUGCCCUUAGGGUCACCUGGCGAUCUGUGUUGCCAAGGCAACGCCAAGGUCAGAUCCGUGGUUACCAGGUGCACUAUGCUCCUGUGGAGAGUGGCUCAACACGCAGCCUUCCCCGAAUCAAAGACCUGCUAUUGGACGACAGCCAGUUUGUGGAGGAUGACACUACUGAAUAUGAGAUGAUGGUGGGGGGUCUGAAGCCUGAGAUGUGGUACUCUGUGUCUGUGGCAGCUUACACCACUAAAGGGGAUGGAACACACAGUAAAGUCAGAGUGGUGCAGACACCGGGGAUUGUGCCUGGUGCCCCCUCCCUUUCGGUGCGCCCAGGGUCUGAACCCUCCAUGGUGGUGAGAUGGGGGCCCCCUACUGGGGGGUCAGACUCAGGUCCAGGGGCCAAAGGGUCUGAAGUUCAGAUCCAGGGUUUUCGGUUACAAUUUGGGCUGAAGAAUGCAACCCUGGACACUACAGUGGAGUUUUCGGCCAGGGAGCGAAUGUACACACUCACAGACGUAAUUCCAGGGUUGACUUAUGUCGUUACCCUUUCCGCCAAAAGCCGGUCAGGGUACGGAGACGAGGCACGGGAGGAACUUGAGAUGCCUGAGUACCCACCUAGGAGCUACCCUCAAAUCUCAGAAUACAUUAACGCCACCUGCUGUUCGCUCCAGUUCUCCUGGCUGCCCCCUGUGCCAAGCGAACGAAACGGUGUGAUCACCGAAUACACAAUAGCUUAUCGGGAAGCAGGGGGUCUUAACCCUCUGGGCAUUGACCCUCUGGGCAUUGACCCUCUGGGCAUUGACCCUCUGGGACCCCCUCGCCAGAUCACGCUCCCAGCCAUUGAGUCCAGCUACACCAUUCUGGGCCUGAACCACAACACCGGGUACGAGGUGCAGAUGUGUGCCCACACCAGCGUAGGUCCCGGCCCGUUCAGUCCCCCGCUGCUGUAUCGCACACUGGCCUUCGAGACAGAUGUCCCGAGGAAUUUCUCAGUGAACCUGGCGACCAAGACGAGUGUUCUCCUGACCUGGGAGUUCCCUGAGAGCCCCUACCCCUACCACUUCACUGUGGAGUAUAACCGCCAGAAGAUGGAGGUGGAUGCCAAGCUGAGGAAAGCAGUGAUCCCCAACUUGCAGCCAGAUACCGACUAUGACUUCAAGAUCACCUCCUCUGAGGGCAACAUGGGCGGGCUGAGGCACCGCAUCCACGCCAAGACCUCUCCACCAAUUGCCAUCCGCCGUCCAGAGAUUGACCACACCCGUGACACGGAGACCACCAUCACCAUAAUCCUGCCCUCGCUGGAGAAUCGCAUCCCUGUCAAGAACCUGUAUGUGGUGGUAGUUCCUCUGAGGAGGGCGAGGGGGGUCAUUAGACAUCUCAAGAGCCCAGACGAGAUGGACUUGGAGGAGUUGUUGAAGGACAGCAGUCAGAGACAGAGGGAAUCUAGACAGCAGAAACAGAUAGACUUGCGCAGAGCCUACAUCUCAGCCCUCUUCACCCCUGCUACUCUGCCAGCCUUCUUCACUCUGGGGGACCAGCUGGACUACGGAGGCUUUGAGAACCGCGCUCUAGAACCAGGACAGGAGUACGUGUUCUUCAUCUUGGCAGAACUCAAUGGCACCACAGUGAAGAUGUACGCGGACAGUCCGUACACAGAGCCAGUGAUCGCUCCGGACUCAGACCCCCAGCCCCUGGAUGCGGGGGAUGGUCUGAUCUGGGUGGUGGGACCCGUCCUGGCUGUAGUCUUCAUCAUCUGCAUCGUCAUCGCCAUCCUGCUCUACAAGAACAACAAGCCAGACAGUAAGAGGAAGGACUCCGAGCCAGGCACCAAGAGCCUUCUGUGUAAUGCUGAGAUGAUGGCCCACCACCCCACAGACCCUGUUGAGAUGAGACGCAUCAACUUCCAGACCCCUGGUAUGAUGAGCCACCCUCCCAUUCCCAUCACAGAGCUGGCUGAACACACAGAGAUACUCAAGGCCAAUGAUAGCCUGCGUCUGUCUCAGGAGUACGAGUCCAUCGACCCCAGUCAGCAGUUCACCUGGGAGCACUCCAACCUGGAGGUGAACAAGCCCAAGAACCGCUAUGCUAACGUCAUCGCCUAUGACCACACCCGCGUCGUCCUCGCCCCCAUGGAAGGUUCAAGUCCAGGUAUCCUGGGCAGUGACUACAUCAAUGCUAACUACAUAGACGGCUACAGGAAGCAGAAUGCCUACAUCGCCACACAGGGCCCGCUGGCAGAGACAUUCGGGGACUUCUGGAGGAUGGUGUGGGAACAGAGAGCAGCCUCCGUGGUCAUGAUGACCAGACUGGAGGAGAAGUCACGGGUAAAGUGUGACCAGUACUGGCCAAGCCGGGGUACAGAGACCUAUGGCAUGACUCAGGUCACCAUACUGGACACUAUGGAACUGGCCACAUUCUGCGUGCGCACCUUCUCCCUGCAGAAGAAUGGUUGUAAUGAGCGGAGGGAGGUGCGUCAGUUCCAGUUCACUGCCUGGCCAGACCACGGUGUACCAGAGUACCCCACUCCGUUCCUGGCCUUCCUACGCAGGGUUAAAGCCUGCAACCCCCCUGACGCUGGUCCUGUCAUCGCACACUGCAGUGCGGGCGUGGGUCGUACCGGUUGCUUCAUCGUGAUCGACGCCAUGCUGGAACGGAUCAGACACGAGCGCACGGCCGACAUCUAUGGUCACGUGACUCUGAUGAGGUCACAGCGGAACUACAUGGUGCAGACGGAAGACCAGUACGGCUUCAUCCACGAGGCGCUGCUGGAAGCAGUGGCUUGUGGGAACACGGAGGUGGCGGCCCGGAGCCUGUUCUCCUACAUGCAGAAGCUGGGCAAGGUGGAGAGUGGAGAGCACGUCACUGGCAUGGAGCUGGAGUUCAAGCGUCUGGCCAACACCAAAGCCCACACGUCUCGGUUCGUCAGUGCCAACCUGCCAUGUAACAAGUUUAAGAACCGCCUGGUCAACAUCAUGCCCUAUGAGACCACCCGCGUCUGUCUGCAGCCAAUCCGAGGUCUGGAAGGAUCAGAUUACAUCAACGCCAGCUACAUUGAUGGAUACAGGCAGCAGAGAGGUUACAUGGCCACCCAGGGACCACUGGCUGAGACCACAGAGGACUUCUGGAGGAUGCUGUGGGAACACAACUCUACCAUCGUGGUCAUGCUCACUAAACUGAGAGAGAUGGGACGGGAGAAGUGCCAUCAGUACUGGCCCGCAGAGCGGUCUGCUCGUUACCAGUACUUUGUAGUGGAUCCCAUGGCUGAAUACAACAUGCCUCAGUAUAUCCUCAGAGAGUUUAAGGUCACCGAUGCAAGGGAUGGCCAAUCACGGACAGUUCGUCAGUUCCAGUUCACCGAUUGGCCAGAGCAGGGAGUUCCUAAAUCUGGAGAGGGCUUCAUCGACUUCAUUGGCCAGGUGCACAAAACCAAGGAGCAGUUUGGACAGGACGGCCCAAUCAGUGUCCAUUGCAGUGCGGGUGUGGGGCGGACCGGAGUCUUCAUCACUCUGAGUAUCAUUCUGGAGAGGAUGCGUUACGAGGGAGCUGUGGACAUCUUCCAGACAGUGAAGAUGCUGAGGACACAACGCCCUGCCAUGGUACAGACGGAGGAUGAGUACCAGUUCUCCUACCAGGCUACCCUGGAGUACCUGGGGAGUUUUGACCACUAUGCAACCUAAGAGAGGAGAGGAACUGUCAUCCCUCCAUCCUUCUGUUCAGAUAGAGGUCCACAGAGACGAGGAACAACGAGAGAGAGCCCAGACUGGAAAACGACUAAACAAUUAACCUUAUAUCCCAUUGGAGGGGCGACGCUACUAACAAGGAGUAAUUAUACAAGAACAACAACAGCAACAUACAAAACAACAACAACAUACAAAACAACAACAACUAGACAAACGUCAAAUAAAAUCUGUACUCUCAGGAAAGACCUGCAAAGGAUGUGUUGGGAGUCAGAGACAGACUAUUACAUGUGUAAUCCUGCAUAUUCUUCUUACCUCAGUGUUCAAAAUGUGGAGGAUUUAUAAAACCUGUGUGUUGUGGUCAGCUAUUUCAAAAACAAAACCAGUGAUGUAUAAAAGGACAACAAAAAGCCUGGAUAUCUGCUGCACCUUCAAUGGGUUUUCUAUCUUGUCUUUCUAUGUUGGUUUAGUGUACAAGGGGGGAACACUUCCAUGUGUCUGUGGGUUUAGUGUACAAGGGGGCAACACUUCCAUGUGUCUGUGGGUUUAGUGUACAAGGGGAGAACACUUCCACGUGUCUGUGGGUUUAGUGUACAAGGGGGGAACACUUCCAUGUGU